UGUUGAUUUUAUAAAACAUUAACAACAUAAAUUCCAGGCAAGUAACUGUCUACAGACAUAUCGACACAGAAUUUGAAGUAAUCAAGCAGCAUAUAACUGAUUUGUCAGAAUGUUUAAAGGAGUUCAUGUUGAAUCCUUUGAAAUUUGAUUUCCGUUCCUAUAAUACUUUCCCUCACUUUCUCAUCACCUUGGGAUUUCAUUUCAGGCUCUUCCGCUGCUACUUUGACCCUUCACUUUCUCCCAACUUCUUUAAUUGUUUUUCAUAAUUAAACAAAAAUAGAGAGAGAGAGAGAGAUUAAAGAUGAGGUGUCGAAGUCACAGAUAUAAAAAGGGUACGAGAAACCGUCACCCUUCUUCUUCUCUCUCGCUCUUUGAUAUUUCCCUCUUGUCUCCUUCAAAUCCGUUCUUCCUCAGAGAUCAUUUUCCUUCUCUAUUACAAACUUUUGUUUCAUUUUCAAUUGCUUCCCUCUCCCCUCUCUCUCUAUUCUCACAUCAGAAUGAACGGGAAGGCCUCUGUUUCCAAGGAGCUCAACGCCAAGCAUUCCAAGAUAUUGGAAGCACUUUUAAAGCAUCCAGACAAUCGAGAAUGUGCUGAUUGUAGAUCAAAGGCACCAAGAUGGGCAAGUGUGAACCUUGGGGUAUUCAUAUGUAUGCAAUGUUCUGGAAUCCAUCGCAGCCUUGGUGUCCACAUCUCUCAGGUGAGGUCUAUAACUCUGGAUACAUGGCUUCCUGAUCAGGUUUCUUUCAUGCAAUCUACCGGUAAUGCUAAGGCAAAUCAGUAUUGGGAAUCAGAACUGCCUCCUCAUUUUGAGAGAAGCUCAAGCGACGCGUUUAUUAGAGCCAAAUACAAUGAAAAGAAAUGGGUUUCACGGGGACGGAUUCAACCGGCUCCUGUAGUGAACCAGCUAAGCUGCAAAGUUAGUCACUCGGUAGAGAGAGGACAUAAGCCGGAGACUCCCACGAAAACAAGAACUCGUUCCCUUGAUGAAGAUAUCCUUCUUAAGCAUGUUCUUGAAGUAACACCUCCAGAAACAAGAAUCCGAGCGGGUUCGGUGGAUAUGAAGAUGAAGGAGAAUGUAUAUGUUCUACCUCUACCAGUGGGGAUAAAUGUUAAUAAACCAAAUCAAAAGAAUGAGAUAUUCUCCGGAGAUUUGUAUCAGAAUAGAAGAACCACCAUUGCACCACCCUCGAGCUGGGCUACUUUCGACUGAAGAAGAAGAAGAAGGAGAAGAUGGAGCUUUUAAUCAGCAUGUGGGCUUUUAGUUACGGUCAACAGGUUGGCAAAGAUGGGGUUAUGAUGAACUCAAAAGUCAGCAAUGGAGUUUUGUUCUGUUUUCUAUGUUUCUUUUAUCUUUCAAUAUAUAUUUUUCUAUAUUCAAUCUUGGUUGCUUGUAACUAAAUCAUUAAAGUACAAUGGGAGGGAAAGAUCUUGGACCAAAAGAAAAAGCAAUAAAAGUCAUCAGUGUGUAUUAUUUUGAA